CAUCAAUCAACUCGGUACAUCAAUGAAGUCGGAGAUGAGCCUUGGUUAGCAGCCAGAAUCCUCGUGUACUCUCUCAACGACGAUCAUGUAAAUGCCACAAACAUCCCUCGUGUUCCAAGAGAACUGAGAAGACCCCAUGACCACCCCAACGAAUGAAAAGGACUCUCCGCCUUUCUCACAACACGGGAGAAGCUCGCAUUUAUGGGCUUGAUAGGGUCGGCCACAUCACAAGCCUUCAAUGCCUCCACCAACUUGAAACCCCGAACAGCUGUUCUUGCAUCCAUAGAUCACACAUUUUCGCUUCCUCGCCCACCCUCGUCCCUCCCACCGCAUUAAAACCCGCCCAAGUUUGGAUCUUGAAAGUCCCAGGUAAUCGUCAGCUAUGUGAGAGCUUGAAGGAGCUCAACCACCGCUUUGCCGUGCCAACUAACAAUGCUGGCUCUUUCUCUACCGGGCGUGGGCUUUACUUGAUUGGAACUUGGACGAGCUGAGGAGAAAAAGGGUGGGGUUGAUGAGCAGACCCGACGGCAAUUACCAAGGCAACUGCCAGUGUUUUGCUCCUUUCGGUGUUUAAUUUGGUCAGACAAGGUGGAGUGGGGCGAUUGAGGCGUUUUACUACCGAUUUAUGCUUGAAAGCUGUGAUCUUUGGCUGUUUCCUUGUGGAGAGAUCUACAGUUGGUUUGGUCAGAAAGCGUGGAGGUAGAAAAUAUCUUGGGCUGAGAUACUACGUCGAAGAGCUGCCAUCUGCCCAUUGGAAACCAUCUCUCAGCAAAUAUUAUUACUUGCCAAAUUAGUCGUUUGAGCGAAUUGGAAGUUCUCUGUGUUUGCUGCUCGAAAGAAGAUGGUUGGCACUGUAGAAAUUAAUCAUAGUUCUGUCAACUCGAAUGGAUCCCGUCACAAUUCCAAUGGAGCUGAAGAAAGGCUAGAUGAGCUCCGCCGUCUCCUUGGCAAGACUGAUGGUGAUCUGCUUAAGAUUGUUGGUGUAGGGGCUGGUGCCUGGGGCAGCGUGUUUGCUGCCCUCUUGCAGGAUGCAUAUGGUCAUCUUCGCGAUAAGGUUCAGAUUAGAAUAUGGAGACGGCCUGGCAGAUCAGUUGACCGUUCCACAGCGGAGCAUUUGUUCGAGGUUAUCAAUUCACGGGAGGAUGUUUUGAGGCGUUUGAUCAGAAGAUGUGCGUACUUGAAGUAUGUGGAGGCAAGGCUCGGUGAUCGAACACUGUAUGCGGAUGAGAUAUUGAGGGAUGGGUUUUGCUUAAACAUGAUUGAUACCCCACUUUGUCCAUUGAAGGUUGUAACGAAUUUGCAGGAGGCAGUGUGGGAUGCAGAUAUUGUGGUUAAUGGUUUGCCUUCUACGGAGACUAGGGAGGUAUUUGAGGAUAUCAGUAGGUAUUGGAAGGAGAGGAUUACUGUUCCAAUUAUUAUCUCUCUUGCAAAGGGUAUAGAAGCGGCUCUAGAUCCUGUCCCACGUAUAGUAACACCUACUCAGAUGAUCAAAUGUGCAACUGGAGUUCCAAUCGAGAACAUUCUCUAUCUUGGGGGUCCAAACAUUGCUUCAGAGAUUUACAACAAGGAAUAUGCUAAUGCUCGAAUCUGUGGAGCAGAGAAGUGGAGAAAACCUCUUGCCAAGUUCUUGCGGCAGCCACAUUUCAUUGUGUGGGAUAACAGCGAUCUAGUCACUCAUGAAGUGAUGGGUGGCUUGAAGAAUGUUUAUGCUAUUGGUGCUGGAAUGGUAGCAGCUCUAACAAAUGAGAGUGCAACAAGCAAAUCAGUAUACUUUGCCCACUGCACUUCUGAAAUGAUAUUUAUUACUCAUCUGUUGGCCGAACAACCAGAAAAACUAGCUGGUCCUUUGUUAGCCGAUACAUAUGUGACCUUAUUAAAGGGUCGGAAUGCAUGGUAUGGACAAAUGCUGGCCAAGGGAGAACUGAGUCUUGACAUGGGUGACAGCAUAAAAGGAAAAGGAAUGAUUCAGGGAGUCUCUGCAGUUGGUGCAUUUUACGAGCUACUUAGCCAGUCUAGCUUAAGUGUGUUGCAUCCUGAGGAGAAGAAACCCGUUGCUCCGGCUGAGCUGUGUCCCAUCCUCAAAACCCUUUAUAAAAUACUGAUUAGAAGGGAGUGUCCUUCACAAGCCAUUCUUCAAGCGCUACAAGAUGAAACUAUGAACGAUCCUCGUGAAAGGAUAGAGAUAGCUCAGAGUCAAGCUUUCUACAGGCCAUCACUUCUCGGUCAACGUUAACAUAAACUGUUGAUGGUUACAAAACUAAAAUAUCAAAAGCGAAGUCUUGCUGGUCAUGUUGGAGCUGAUACUGAGAUUUUAUUGCUUUGGUGGCAUGCUAAAUGUUUGAUGAGAGAAGCUAAAUGAUUAAAGAAUGUAAAUUUCUCCAUCAUGUAAUGGGCUGCUUCUGCAUAAAAUCAAGUAAACUUGCGACGCGAGUGGGGUGUUUAGUUGUACUUUAUGAAUAAUUAUAAUUCAUUUAUAUCAAGUUGUGUUUAGUCAAAGAAUAGAAACUUGUGUUUUAAUGUAAUUUACAAUGGUUGUGUUUUGUUUCUUGA